CCUCUCCCUUACUUUACAACUGCAUAUAUAAGGCGCUACGGAUAUGGGUAGAUGCAUAUUAAUAUAGCCCCGGCCCUUACCUGACCCUACCUGAAGAGGGACGAAUCUAUCGCAACGAUCCUCCGCUCUAUUUAGUCGGAGAGAUGGCGGCCCCCGAGGGAAGACUCGCCGACGUCCAGCGUCGCGCUGCCGAGAAUCCUGAUGCGCGAUACCGCGCCUUCGACUCCUAUCCGUGGACAAAAGACCGCACUUUUGCUGAACUACUUUCGAGUGCGUUGGGGGAUGCGCAGUCCGCCGACCUCAGCCUUGCCGAGGCAUCUCUCCAGGCUCGGAUCCAGAGAUUCGCCCAGCAGACUCAGAUCCCGAUCGACGGUGACGCAUACCAGAGUUGGCUCGCUCAGAACAACCGCAAGCCUCCAAGAAUAGUAGCUGAGCAGACGGUUGCGAUAGAAGCAGCGACAGUGUCAAACCCAGAAGAUAGGAAAUUCGCACGCCUCUUGGUGGAGCUGGGCGAUCCUCUCGGCCACACUGCUCUCCAGCCAACCACGCCGGAGCCGGCUCAGGUAGCGGUUCCCAGCUGGCAGAACGCGGCACCGACAGCGGAGCUCUACGUCGAGAAGAAGGACGCCGCAACGACUGACCCUGGCAAGGAGCCGUACCCCAAGAAGUUUGAGGAGAUAGUCGAGUUCCUACAGACCGGCAAGCCCAUCCCGGGGAUCAGGCAGAUCCCCGACACGGUCGUCGAGGACCCGACUAUCACUACCCGCGGCCGGCUCACGGCGCCUCCGAAGCCGUGGGAGGUCGGUCGCACCCAGUCUUAUAACUAUCCGGAACCUCCCGCGGACGACAGCGGCGUUUAGGAUACGUGUGUUAAUAUGAUGAAAGCACGAUGCAGGAAGGAAGGAAGAUGAUCGUGAGAAAUUGACAAAAAGGCACCUGGUUCGUUUAAUAUGUCAUGGCGUCGGUAGUAAGGGAAGAGGUGGCGCGCGGUUCUAAUUGCUCAUGUGUAAUCCGUCGCCGACCAUACAGCGUCAGCUAAGCUCCAUCCUAUCCCCGGGGGAGUCAAGAAUCUCCCCCUCCUCGCUCCUGGCGCGCAAGUCGCCCUUGG